UAUUAUCAGCCCCAAUUUGAAAUUGCGCGAGUCUGCUUCGGCGCGUUCACACCACUCUUCGUCGGCGGCGAACUUCAACCUCUUCCUCUAUUUCUCCUGCAAAUCCAGUGGCUGAUGCGUCAGUGAAGUGUUUUCAUCCUUAACAUACACGAUAUCAUUCGUUAUCGUCAGUGCCAGGCUUGGUGAAUGACAGAAUGAACCCUGCAACAUCAUUGUUUAGGAGGUUAAAUAUCAGAGAUCUCAUAACAAGAACACCUACUUACAGUGGCGCGAGUGAUGUAUCAGGAGAAGGAUUGGGGUUGAUGUUUAAGCGUUGGGCUACCAAAAAGACAGCAGGAUCCACUAAGAAUGGCCGUGAUUCAAAACCAAAGAAUCUAGGGGUAAAGAAAUUUGGUGGAGAGAGGGUGAUACCUGGAAAUAUUAUUGUUCGUCAAAGAGGAACCAGAUUCCAUCCUGGAAACUAUGUUGGAAUAGGGAAAGAUCACACGCUUUAUGCUCUGAAAGAAGGUUGUGUAAAGUUUGAGCGCCACAAGCUGAGUGGACGCAAGUGGGUGCACGUUGAGCCCAAGGAUGGCCAUGUGCUUCACCCAGUUUACUCGACUGCUGCAGCUCCUGAGCUGAAGACAGCAACUUAAUUAGUUUUUCCUUCAACCGUUGAUGGAUUGAAGGAGCAUGGAUUUAAUAAAGAAAUCGAUAUGCCAGUACUACAUUAGACUGUCUAUAUUAUACAUCUUUUUCCCCUCUCUAGAUUAAAGCUAAUGAUACUCAAGUUAUGUUUGCCUUACUAUAGCUUUUGAUGUAACUGGUAAAACAAAUGGUAGCUUUUAAUAAGGUUUCUUUAGCCUUGAAUUGCUGCUAGUUAAUAUAGUACUAUUAAUUUGUGUGGUC